GUGAAUGAAAUGUGCUUUAAAGAGCCUUUGUUUUGUGUACUUUAGAUGAUCCUGUGGGACUGGGACCUUAAACAAUGGUACAAGCCACAAUAUCAGGGUGCAGUGAGUGGCAAUGGUGUGGAUCUCUCUGUGAUAAACGAGGCCAGAAACCUGGUCUCAGACCUGCUGAUGGACCCGUCUCUCUCACCACACGUCCUCUCGUCACUGCGCAGUGUGAGCAGCCUCAUGGGAGCUUUCUCUGGGUCGUGCCGGCCCCGGGUCAACCCCUUCACCCCCUUCCCCGGCUUCUACCCCUGCGCUGAGAUCGAAGACCCCUCAGAGAGAGGAGAGAGAAAGCCACUGAAGGGUCUGAGCAGCAGGAAUAGUCUCCCUACCCCUCAGCUGAGGCGCAGUUCAGCCUCUUCCUCUCUGCCCCCACUGGAGUCUGCCUCGUCACGCUGGGAACGUGGAAGGAGAUCUCACUCUGAGCUCAGCAGCCAGAGUUGUGUUUCUAAUGGGCCCAACAGCAACUUGCUGACUAUUCCUAAACAGAGAUCCUCCUCCGUCACACUCUCCUAUGGCCACACAAUACCCAGAAGACCAGGUGCUUCUCCCAGCCUGAGUCCCGUCAGCUCCCCGAGUCACAGUCCCCCUGCUGCUCCCGGCUCCUCUCUGGUCACACGCUCUCCAGUGGAGUUCCCAGACACUGCCGAUUUCCUCACCAAGCCCAGUGUCAACCUGCACAAACCACUGGGCUACACACUGAGCUCGCCUGAUUUCCAGCAGCAGUAUCGAGGUCCCUCCUCGGCCCCCUUGUGCACCAGUUGUGGCCGACAGAUGAUAAAAAGUGUGGCUAGCAUAGAGGUGGGUGAGGGCCAUCAUGUAACAGCCAAUGAGAUGCAAAGAACACGCUCAGCUGAAGGAGCGGAGUAUGGUGGGGAAAACUUGAUCCGAGAGGAGAGCUUAGAGGCAGAGUCUCAGGAGGAGAGGACUGCAGACACAGCAGGGGAAAAACUAAAUAGCCAGCCUGAGGGAGAGGAACAGACCUCCAGUACGGAGCAGUCCUCAUUGUAUCCUGAGGGAGACGAGGAGUUUAGGUUGGACUCUACGCUGGUGGUCCAUGAAGCACUCAUGGAAAGGAUCAACACCUGGAACUUCCAGAUCUUUGAGCUGAUGGAGAUGACGGGAGGAAAGACUGGCAGAAUUCUCAGCUAUGUGGCGUACACUUUGUUCCAGGACACGGGUCUGUUCGAAAUCUUCAAAAUCCCUGUGCGGGAAUUCAUGACGUACUUUUGCGCUCUGGAGAACGGCUAUCGUGACAUCCCCUAUCACAACCGUGUCCAUGCCACUGACGUCCUUCAUGCGGUGUGGUAUCUUACCACCCGGCCAAUCCCAGGCUUUCAGCAGAUCCAUAAUGAGCAUGUCACAGGAAGUGAUACAGAUUCGGACAGUGGAAUUUCCCCAGGCAGGGUGGCAUAUGCCACGUCCAAUAGUUCCUCAUUCUCGGAUGACAGUUACGGCUGUCUGGCCUGGAAUAUCCCUGCGCUGGAACUCAUGGCACUAUAUGUAGCAGCUGCUAUGCAUGACUAUGAUCACCCUGGGCGCACAAAUGCCUUUCUUGUAGCCACUAACGCUCCUCAGGCGGUGUUGUAUAAUGACCGUUCAGUUUUGGAGAACCACCAUGCAGCCUCUGCCUGGAGCCUGUUUCUUUCCCAGCCGGAGUUCAACUUCCUGUGCAGUUUGGACCACGUUGAGUUUAAGCGUUUUCGGUUCCUAGUCAUCGAGGCCAUCCUCGCAACAGACCUAAAGAAGCACUUUGACUUCCUAGCAGAGUUUAAUUCCAAGGUUAAUGAUGUGAAUAGUCCAGGCAUCGACUGGACUAAUGAAAAUGACAGGUUGUUAGUGUGCCAAGUGUGCAUUAAGCUGGCAGAUAUCAAUGGGCCAGCCAAAGAACGCAGCCUUCACCUCAAAUGGACAGAGGGUAUCGUCAAUGAGUUUUAUGAGCAGGGUGAUGAAGAAGCCACUCUAGGAUUACCCAUCAGCCCUUUCAUGGAUCGCUCGGCACCACAGUUAUCAAAGCUACAGGAGUCUUUUAUCACGCACAUCGUCGGGCCUCUUUGUAACUCCUACGAUGCUGCCGGCUUGCUGCCGGGAUACUGGAUUGACGAGGAGGGCUCAGACGAUGAAGAAGAAACGGAAGACAUUGAAACGGAAGAUGAAGAACUGGACGAGGAUCUUGAACCAAAGAGGAGGAAGGGUCAACGUCGGUUAUUCUGCAGCAUCAUGCAGCACUUAACAGAGAACCACAAGGUGUGGAAGAAGACCAUCGAAGAAGAGGAGAAGGCCAAAGAGCUGGAGACUCAGCAGCAGCGAUCCGAGAGCCCCAGCCUUCCUCCGUCCACCACCACCUCCUCCGACGACAUCCAGGUUAUUCAAGAGGAGGCCGAGGAGGAGGAACGGCAGUAGCCAGAGGAGAAGGACAAGCAACGAAGCUCACCGAGGGGCUUAAACGACCCGUCCCUCUCCUUCACCUACACAAACACACACAUUGACACCCAGAGGAAGACCCUAGCGGAUCUCCCCGUGCUGAAAUUCGUCACUGUGCCGACACUCUGAAGCUAAUGCAGUUCACAUUGUGUUGAAAAAAAGGCCUUACUACUGUGAGAGGACCCUUUGGUGGGAACCCCACUCCUAUGCACUUUCACCCCAUGGAGAAGCAGCGGAGAACGAACAGAGCUUUGAAGACGCCGAAUCGUGUUGUGAGAUUAAAACCAAGACGGAGAGGAACACAGGCAGGGGAGAAUCGUGCCAUCCCAUGGUUCCCUGGCCUUAAACGUAGAGCUCUUAACUCUCCCGUAGGUACUUAAGUCCAAAAGGACACGAAAAAGACAAUGACGCAAUUGACACCCGUUACCAAAGCGAACAGUUCAAAAACAUAGAAAGACUGCGACUGAAGCCGUUUCAGGCUCAGUGUCAAAAUGUGCCUGUCUGAACUUUAAAAAAAAAAAUAUAUAUAUAUAUAAAAUAUUGUUUGUUUUUAUUUUUCUUGUGGUCCAGAAAAUGGGCUAUGCACGCUGCACUGUAUGUGCAGUCCCCAAUUCAUGCUGGUGACAUAAAACACUGUAUUACUGAACAGUUAUUAGGACAAGUGCAAAUCCUGACAUUUUGACUGAAAAAUGACCUGACUUCUGCAUCGUUUUGGAUGCUUUUUAUUCAUGUUGAUCACCUUCUUGCAGUUUUUUGUUUGCAUUUGUUGUUUGUAAGGUUGUUUCUUUCUUUUUUUUCCAUUUGUGGUGUCCCCCGGCUCCCCCUUUUUCCUCUUCAGGAAUGCUGAGUUGCCAGUCGUUUCUCUGUAAAGUCUGUCUGUGUUUAAAAGCAUCGCAAAUGGGACAGGAAUGUUGUUCAAAUGAAGGGACGUUUCUCCUUUUUUACGUUUAAAUAGAUAUAUUUUUUCACGGUUACUCAGGAUUCAUGUGAAGGAUUGAUCCUUGUUUUUUGCGAAAAUUUAAUUCUGCAAUUUCAACUUGUACGUCGAUCAUUCUUUUCAGAGGUGGGACAAAAAAAAAAGUUUCUGUUUUUUGUAUGAAUAGCUUGAAAGUCGCUAACAACAAAAGAUGCUCCCCCAAAGUGCAGUGUCCUACAUAUUAACCCCCAUCUUUAUCAUCUGCUCCAGACCAGUAUAUCCAUGUUUAUUUUUUCAAAGACCCCCUGAUAAGAAUUGGGAGCCAGGGAAGUUAACUGAAAACUAAAUGUUUGAGUUAGCAUGCAUGUCAUAGACUAAACAUUGCUUUGGGGGGUAACCUCAUGUUUGGCAUUAUUUGAACAUGCUUGUACUUUAAUUAUUGCCAAACGCAAAAUCCGGCCAGUUCAUUUUCAAGGAAUUCAGGGUUUCACCUCGAAAGCUGUACUUUUUUUUUCCUUUGUAUUUUCUUAUUCUUCACCAUAAGGCAAGUUUAAUACUAAUAGUUCUAUAUUUUUUUUUGUCUCAAGCAAGAACUCUAGGCAUUCCACUAGAAUAAUGAGGGGAGGACGGGGAGGCGGAGAUGAACCCGGGUCUCUUUCUCUCUCUCGGUCUGCCUCACCUCAACAAAAACUCAUUUUGUCUCUGUAGAGGAAAGUUCUCAAGUAGGCAGUGUAAAUCAAGCUAGUAUAUUUAAGAGUAAAAAAAAAAGAUAUAAAUGUGCACAUUUUACUACCAAACAAGUGUUUAACCUCUGCACCGAAAGAAUACUUGCAUAUAUAAAUAUAUAUAUUAUAUUAUAUAUUUUUUAAUUAAUCAACAAUGCAUCUGUUUUCUACAUACAGCUGACAUAUUAUGUACAUUGAGACCAUGUAAUUAUCAUCUUGUUUCAGGAGUUUAAAAAAAAAAAAUCUAAUGCUAUUUACAGAUGUGGAUGUGUUUGGGUGUUUUGUUUUUCAGUUUGUUGGUUGUUUUUUUGGGGUGCACUGUCUUUUGUUCCUGCCCAUAACCACUCUUUUGCCGAAAGCCCCUAAUUUCUUAAGCUGGUGGCGAUGCCGGAUGCUUCCCUGUCUCUGUCUCCCUUUGUGGGUUUGUUCAUUAGUCACUUUUUUGGCCUGUGCUCAGGGUGUGUUCUGUGUUGGGGGCUUGUGCGCACCCAAAGCAGCUUGUGGUCUUUCUCUUUUUCUGUCCAGACUGUGUAUUCAUCAGUUCUUGGAUUCCGGGACUCCAGUGUGGCUCAGUUCGUCCACUCUCCCCUCCACUUCACUGAGCUCACCCCGGCUGGGCUCAAACAGGUUGCCAAGCAGGGUGACGGUGGAUCAGAGCUUCACGGCGCCCCCAUCCCCUCGUGUUGACCACUUACUCGACUGUGGUAUCUCACUUUUGGGGGUUCGUCACACCACAGUAACCUCCGAUGUUCCUGUCAUCAGUAACUUUACGAUGGCAUUCACUUUUUUAUGUAGCAUUUAGAUGGCAAUGUCUGAUGUAACCAUUCAGCCUUUUCAGGGUUGUGGGGGAGAACUGAAUUUUUUGUUAUUAUUUAUAGCUGUCAUAAAAGCACCAUCCCUGAACAAGA